AUGUCUUCUAUGAAAUGGGUCUAUUUCAAUAUGCAUUUUUGGAUGUGUUGUCAAAGUUUGAUGGUAAGUUCUCUGAUGACACCUGUUAGUUGGCUUCCAACUGCUUCCUCUUCAAUGAUGGGACUCUUUUCAAAACUUGGAAUUCCGCCUGCUGCACAAGCUUAUGCUGCUGGAACUGUGGGAACGUUAUCCAUAUCAGCUAUGAUAUCUUUGUUCGAGAAUCGGCAUAAUGUAAUUCAACAGAAUAGAUUUCGUAUCUCAAAUCGCUACAUUCGAUUCUCGGUGGUUGGGAUCAACUAUAUGUUUGCUCUGAUUUAUCCAAUGCCGUUUUUAUUCGGAAUACCUGAUCAAGAUGCUGCGAAAUUCAAGAUUCUCGAAAUAGUUCCAUGUCCUCAUGAAGAAUUCUUUGAGUUACCCGUAUUCACUAUCUCUAUAAACCCAGAAUAUCGAGUCUAUGCUACAAUAAUUUCGCUCGUUUGCACUGGAGUCUUGAUGCUUCAACUCAAUGUUUAUGCAGCCACUUGCAUUUAUUAUUUGGUGUUUUCGAAAUCUAAAAACUCAUCAAGAGUGACGAGUAAUAGGCAGAAGAAGUUCUUCUAUGGGAUUCUGAUUCAAAUUAGUGUUCCCUAUGGUUUUCUGAUUCCAGCUGUGAUUUACAGUUGUUACUCGAUAUUCAACAACUAUUAUAAUCAGAGUGAGUACUUCGAGAAGGUGUCACGGAGCUAG